AUGGAAAUGGCGACAAAAUAUGACAAGGAGGAAUUCAAGGGGCUUAGUAACGAAGAGUACUGUAUUAUUAGUAGCCAGUCUUCCGAUAACCUUGGAUAUCCCAAAAGUCAGGUGGCCAAAUAUAACAAAGACCAAAUCAAGGAACGUAGUAAUGAAAAGGAAUGUGUUACUAUGAUUAGUAACCAGUCUUCCGAUAAACUCGGAUGUCCCAAGAGUCAGAUUCAUUUUCCCGUAUACCGUUCGGCGGAUGUGUCAUGGCCUUGGGAUGGUCGAAGCAGCAUCGACUACGUCACAAGUGAGGAUGCCGUGUCUGAUUGUCACAUCUUCGGAGGUUUCCAAGUCAACCUCAAAGAGUGGGAGGAGAACAUUGAUGAGUAUGUCAGUACCCACUACAGUGAAGAUGUCGAUUUCAAAUUGGAAUACCAAGAGUCGCUGUGGGACUCACUCGACAAUGAAAAUGGUCAUCGUGGUUACGACAAUGUCACAAGUGAAGACAUCACGUCUGAUGUCCAGACCGAUGGUCACGUCUUCGGAGGUCUACAAGUCAACCUUAAAGAGUGGGAGGAGAACAUUGACGAGUAUGUCAGUACCCACUACAGUGAAGACGUUGUGGAUUUGAAACUGGAAUACCAAAAGUGGGAGGAGAACAUUGACGAGUAUGUCAGUACCAACUACAGUGAAGACGUUGUAGACUUGAGAUUGGUAGAUCAAGAGUGGAAAAAUUCCUUUGAUGUACAACAACAAAAGAAGCAAGAUUUGAAUACAAAGGACGUGAACAACAACCUAUCCACACCCAAUAUUCAGAACGGGAGACAACUCUUGGUAGAUCUAGAGAGCAGUUCCUCUAGGAAAAUGGAGGAGGACAUUGGGAAAGUAACAGAGAAGAAAAAUGAAGAGGGUCAAGAAGAAAAAGAAAAGAAAUCCGAGAAAGCAGGGAGGAAGAUAAUGCAACGUUUGCGGAAUUUGUGUUGUUGUAUGAGACGCAAGGAAUAGUGGUAUAAAAAGCAUGGUUUGUCAGGAAUGGAAGGACACAUAUACGUUCACUUAUAAGGUGUGCUAGAUGGAUCACGAGCUGAAGGACUUGGAUCCAUUUCCUUUGAUGUAUACCAUUCAAAGAAGCUUAAAAUCCUGUAUACAUGAAUUUGACAUUAUUAAUAUACUGUUGAUCAAACUGAAAUGACUGUCGAAAACACUGUUGCAUCUGUCAAGUGUGUGCUUCCCAUUUCAUUCCUAGACCACUGGAACACUAAAGACGUAUAUUUUAUCCACUGAUACUUGUGGCUGUGAUUAACUUUUUAAAUAUUUAUCACCAUUGCUUGAUGAUAUUACAUGUAUAUCUUUUAUCACACCAUUUUUAAAUUUUGUUUUAUUAUCCAAUAUAUUUUUUAUUGUUUGUCUAUUUACUUUCAACCUAUGGUUGACAAUAAAUCAUAAUUCUUAUU